GGUGCUGCUUUUGAAGCCGAAGAAACUGUAAAAACCGAAGGUGAUGUAAAGGUUGUAAUAAUCGAAGGAACCGAGACUAUGGGAACCAAACAAAAUGUAGGACCUAUAGGAACUCAAAGAAACGACGUUAUCGUAGGAGUUGUAGAAACCGGCGGUGCCGUUGGGGUUGUAAGUGCCGAUGUAGAGAUUCAAAGAAACGACGGUGCUAUGGGAGUUGUAAGUACCGAUGGAAUCAUAGAGACUAUGGAAACUCAAGGAACUAACGGGACCAUUGAGGUUGAAAAUUCCGAGGUAUCUGUGGAGAUUAUACGAACUAUAGGAACUGAAGGAGCUAUAGAAACUCAAAAUGUUGAAUAUAACGAAAAGAUUUGUAAUGAUAUAAUGGAUAAAGUUAAAGUUGCUGACAAAUUUAUUGAAAUUUUAUGCAGAAGGAAACACGAGACCGAAAAAAAUUUUCGCAAUAUGGAAUAUUAUUUGACUUUUGCAAGAUUUACUGAUGUCAUGAAAAGAAUUAAAAUUUUUAUUAUGGAUGUCUCCCAAAAGG